AUGGUGAAGAAUUGGGAGAUCAUCGAAAGUAAAAAUCGGUUCUAUUGCGAUGGACGAUGUUUAACUGGUCGUGAUAUUGGCAUUUUUAUAUUUGCACUUAUCUUGAUCAGUAUUACAUCAGGGCUGUUCUUUGGUUUCGAUUGUCCAUAUCUGACCUAUCGACUAGGUCCAUUUGUACCAGUUAUUGCUGCUAUUUUAUAUCUUAGUACGAUCUGUUUUAUUUUUCGUACUGCCUGCUCUGAUCCAGGUAUCCUUCCACGUGCUACAUCUGAUGAAGUUCAAUACCUCGAACGAUCAAAUAUCUCCAACAGUCCACAGAGUGUUGCCUUGCCCGGCCGCACUAUCGAAGUUCAAAUGCAUACUGGCCAUGUGAUUCAAUUAAAAUUUUGCUCAACAUGUAAAAUCUUUCGACCACCACGUGUUUCGCAUUGUUCCCUAUGUGAUGCGUGCAUUGUAAUAAUAACAACAAUAACAACAUACCAGACAGAGGCCAAUGAGUACGAUGAUGAAACUCAUGUAGAAAAUUCCGUUGGAUUAGACAAAACUUCUUUUCUAAUUGCUGAUACAUUAAAAUCCAGCAUUGACUUUUGUCGCUAUCAAACUGUGAACAUCGGAUUUGAUUAUUGA